CGCUCGCGGGCUGCGCGUCUGCCGCCGCCGCUGCUGCCGCCGCCUCCCAGCUUCCGCCAUGGACCUGUUCGGGGACCUGCCGGAGCCCGAGCGCUCGCCGCGCCCGGCUGCGGGAUCGGGGGGACCUUUGCUUUUUGAUGAUCUCCCACCAGCCAGCAGUGGUGAUUCAGGUUCUCUUGACACUUCGAUAUCCCAGGUGGUAAAGAAUGAAGGGAAAGGAGCAAAGAGAAAAACCUCUGAAGAAGAGAAGAAUGGCAGUGAAGAGCUUGUGGAAAAGAAAGUUUGUAAAGGCUCUUCGGUGAUCUUUGGUUUGAAAGGCUAUGUGGCUGAGCGGAAGGGCGAGCGGGAGGAGAUGCAGGACGCCCAUGUCAUCCUGAACGACAUCACCGAGGAGUGUAGGCCCCCCUCCUCCCUCAUUACCCGGGUUUCAUAUUUUGCUGUUUUCGAUGGACAUGGAGGAAUUCGAGCCUCAAAAUUUGCUGCGCAGAAUUUGCAUCAGAACUUAAUCAGGAAAUUUCCUAAAGGAGAUGUAAUCAGUGUAGAGAAAACCGUGAAAAGAUGCCUCUUGGACACUUUCAAGCAUACUGAUGAAGAAUUCCUGAAGCAAGCUUCAAGCCAGAAGCCUGCCUGGAAAGAUGGGUCCACCGCCACCUGUGUUCUGGCUGUAGACAACAUCCUUUAUAUUGCCAACCUCGGAGACAGUCGGGCAAUCCUGUGUCGUUACAAUGAGGAGAGUCAAAAACAUGCAGCCUUAAGCCUCAGCAAGGAGCAUAAUCCAACCCAGUAUGAAGAACGAAUGAGAAUACAGAAGGCUGGAGGGAAUGUCAGGGACGGGCGUGUCCUGGGUGUGCUGGAGGUGUCCCGCUCCAUUGGGGAUGGGCAGUACAAGCGCUGUGGGGUCACUUCUGUGCCAGAUAUCAGACGCUGCCAGCUGACCCCCAACGACAGGUUUAUUUUGCUGGCCUGCGAUGGCCUCUUCAAGGUCUUUAACCCAGAAGAAGCGGUGAACUUCAUCUUGUCCUGCCUUGAGGAUGAGAAGAUCCAGAGCCGAGAAGGGAAGCCCGCCGUGGAUGCCCGCUACGAAGCCGCCUGCAACAGGCUGGCCAACAAGGCGGUGCAGCGGGGCUCGGCGGACAAUGUCACCGUGAUGGUGGUGCGGAUAGGGCACUGAGGUGCUGCGGGCUGGAGCGCGGCGUGGUGUUGACUUCCAAUGUUCAUUUUGUGUGUUGUGCACAUUAUGUGUUUCUUGUACUCCUGUUGGAUUCCCAUGGUUGUAAAUAAAGGUUUCGUUGUUUUUUUUUCUAGA